GCUCCUUUCUUCGUUCUCGUGUCUGUUUUUCUCGAGUUGGACCGAAUUUGAGUGUAAAAUUGAUACAUGCUCAGCCACUUUGGGCCCCGAAUCGGCUCGGUUGCGCGCAUCUGAGGCCCGUAUCGCGCCGAUCGCGGCCCCAAGGGACGCCUCGUGUGUCCGGCAGUGCUGCUAUUUUGUGCUAAUAACGGAUAUUUGAGUGAGCACGGUGAAAAUAAAAAACACAUUCACACACAACACACAUACAUGCACGGCACACACUCGGUUAAAUUCAGGGGACGCCAUCUUCUUGAUUCGCUGCUUUAUUUUACAUUUGUGUGCGUUUCGCCGACCGUGUGAAGCGUCGCCGAAACCUCAGACCUGUGCAUCGGCAACCCGCAGUGAGUCGGCAAAUGAUUCUACUGCCCUAAAGGUCAAGACCCGACCCAGAAAUAGGUCGACGGUCUACUAAUGUUGCUCGCGCGCCUCGCCGAGCACAGUCACAAAAUCCGCCGCCUCCACCGGCCCCCUUGGGGGGCAUGGCUGACCCUCAUCACAGCUCAACUGCAGGCGCAGUAGCCACAGGGAUCCCCAAAAUGGAGAACUUUCCUCAGGCGAUUGACCCGAGGAAGCAGGAGCUCUUGGAGGCCCGAUUUCUCGGCGCGUCCCGAGGCCCGCCGGAGUACUGCCCGUCGAGCGCCUGCCCCCAGUGUCCGGCCGCCGGAGGCCCGCCGCCGCCUCCUCCGACAAGCACGGCCGCAGGCGCCCGAUGUGCCAUGCCGUCAGGCUCGGCGUCCAACCCUCUUGAGUGGAUGGUGAUGGGCGCGGCUGGCAGCACUGCCCGCGUACCUGACCAGAGGCAACCACCCCAGCAGCAGAUGUCGUCAGCGCCUCUCCAGAUGACCCCUCAAGGGGUACCCCAGGUGCAGCAACCCCCGCCCACGGUCCCUCCCCCGAUGCCCAACCCUGGGCACCCUAUGCAUAGUCAAGAUUCAAACUUGAGUACAGGUUCCUCUCACAGUGAUAAAGAAAUGGACAACACGCCAGAAAAAGUUCCUCGGAGUACAGAGCGCAAGCGAAAGCGGAAAGCAGACGACGGCAGCUUUGGCGGGGGGAGCAAGGGCUCCCGUAGUGAUAGCAAAAAAAUCAAUGAAUAUUUCCCAAAGCAUCCAAGUAACAGCCCCAUCAGGCACGGGGGCGCCAAGAGUCCCUCUCCGCAGCAAGGCUAUGUGAAUGUAAUGUACCCGAGUCCACAACAAAUGAUGGUGGGCGGGGACUACUCAAUGCAACCCCCUACCAGACCCCACCUCGUGAACCCAACAAAACAAGUGCAGACGGACCUCACAUGUCAAAGGAUUCAGGAAUUCGAGACGCAGGCGUCUUCUGACCUGGAGAUGCGCAACAAUAAAAUCGAGGAGCUUCAACGGCAAAAUGACGAGUUGAGGCACCAGCUGUCAGUGCAGCAGAAGCUGAAUGAGCAGGGCAAGAGCCACCACAGCAAGUGCAUCGACGUGGUCAAGAAGUUGCUCAAGGAAAAGUCGAACAUCGAGAAGAAGGAGGCGCGGCAAAAGUGCAUGCAGAACAGACUGAGGCUGGGCCAGUUCGUGACGCAGCGGGUUGGCGCCACGUUCCAAGAGAACUGGACCGACGGUUACGCGUUUCAAGAGCUGGCCAGGCGGCAGGAGGAAAUAACCGCGGAGCGGGAGGAAAUUGACCGGCAGAAGAAGUUGCUGCUGAAGAAGCGGCCGAGCAAUAGCGAGACCGGCCGCAAGCGCAGCGGCUCGCAAAGCGCGGCCGCGGCCGCCAGCAUGCACAACGGAGGGACCGACAGUGCCUUCCUCAAGCCGGACGCAGUGCGCGAGUUUUCGUGGCAGGAGUACUACGAGGCUGACGAGAUACUCAAGCUCAGGCAGAGCGCCCUCAAGAAGGAGGACGCAGACCUCCAACUCGAAAUGGAGAAGCUCGAGCGGGAGCGCAACCUGCACAUCAGGGAGCUCAAACGCAUCCACAAUGAGGACCAGUCAAGGUCAGUUCGAUUCAACAGCCAUCCCGUGCUGAACGAUAGGUACCUUUUGCUAAUGCUGCUCGGCAAAGGCGGCUUUAGCGAGGUGCACAAGGCGUUUGACCUCAAAGAACAGAGGUAUGUUGCCUGCAAAGUCCACCAGCUCAAUAAGGACUGGAAAGAAGACAAGAAGGCAAAUUACAUUAAGCAUGCUCUGCGCGAGUACAACAUUCACAAGUCUCUGGACCACCCGCGCGUCGUCAAGUUGUACGAUGUCUUCGAGAUAGAUGCCAAUUCGUUCUGCACUGUCCUCGAGUAUUGUGAUGGUCACGACCUCGACUUUUACCUGAAGCAGCAUAAGACAAUCCCGGAGAGGGAGGCGAGGUCCAUUGUGAUGCAGGUCGUAUCGGCCCUCAAGUACCUCAACGAAAUUAAGCCCCCUGUUAUUCACUACGACCUCAAGCCAGGCAACAUAUUGUUGACCGAGGGGAACGUAUGCGGAGAGAUAAAGAUCACAGACUUUGGUCUGUCCAAAGUGAUGGACGAGGAAAACUACAAUCCCGACCAUGGCAUGGACCUGACCUCACAGGGCGCCGGUACCUACUGGUACCUGCCACCUGAGUGCUUCGUCGUGGGCAAAAAUCCACCCAAAAUAUCUUCCAAAGUAGACGUGUGGAGUGUGGGUGUAAUAUUCUAUCAAUGCCUCUACGGCAAGAAGCCCUUCGGCCAUAACCAGUCGCAAGCCACCAUCCUUGAAGAGAAUACAAUACUGAAAGCCACGGAGGUGCAGUUCGCGAACAAACCGACUGUGAGCAGUGAAGCCAAAAGCUUUAUCCGGAGCUGCUUAGCCUACCGAAAGGAAGAGCGGAUCGACGUGUUUGCUUUGGCGCGGCACGAGUAUCUGCAGCCGCCGAUCCCCAAGUCUGGGCGCAGCAGUCAGGCCAGUAGCCAGCAGAGUGUGGUGUGCCAGCCACACCCUCACACGCCGCUGCCGAGCCAGCCCGUGGUGCCGCAGACGCCAACCACCCCGCAGCCCCAGCAGACCUCUUUUCCGGCAGGCAUGUUCUCCGGAAUGAACGCUUCCAGCUCAUCAUAGUGGCGACUGAGUUGAGCAAACUGUUUGCCCCCUCCCUUGUAAAAAGCCACCCAGUCAUCAGCUUCUACACACGCAAAGACGAGUGCCGUCGUCCCAUCCUAAAUUGUUGAUAAUUGAGAAAAGUUAAAGAAACGUAAGGUCUAUGCUUGCUAGUAGCAUAAUAAACAAACAAAACUCUCUGCUGUUUGAGAAGAUCCGAGACUGGCGGGUUUUUCGGCCUUUUGGCGAUCUCUUAACAUUUUUCACGCAAGAAUUCAUCUAGGUUUAAUGUCUCUAUUAGUUGUUAAUUAUUUUUCCAUAUUGACUUCUUCUUGUUCUUACUUUAAAAGAAAUUGAUU